GGUGACUACUCUAGAGCUCUUCGCGGAGGGAAAGCGGAGGUAGUUUGGCCCAGGUCGCCUGCCAUUGCGGCGGAGCGUCACGCAGAGGAUUGUGGGUGCGGUCCCACGUGAGGCUCGGAGAAGGCUCCCAGGAGUAUUUGGUUUCUUCAAGCAUUUGUCCAGUCAGACAUUUAAAAAUGUCAUCCAAACAAGAGAUAAUGAGUGACCAGCGGUUUAAGCAGGUUACAAAGGACCCAAGAUUUUGGGAAAUGCCAGAAAAGGAUCGAAAAGUCAAAAUUGACAAAAGAUUUCGAGCAAUGUUUCAUGACAAAAAGUUCAAGUUGAAUUAUGCUGUGGAUAAAAGAGGACGCCCCAUCACCCACAGCACUACAGAGGACUUGAAACGUUUUUACGAUCUUUCAGAUUCUGAUUCAGAUCUCUCGGAUGAAGAUAACAAAGCAUUAAACCAAAAGAAAAUAAAGAAGAAAAAACCCCAGAAAAAUGAAAUUGAAUCAAAUCUAGUUGAGAAAAAGAAAGAAACCAAGAAAAUUAACCAAAAGGAUUCUGGAAAUAAAAAUGAUUUGGAUAACUCUGACAAAAUUCAGAAAAUGAAAAACUCAUGCAAAUAUAAGAAGGUAGAUUCAAAAAUAAGUCCCAAGAAAGAUAGUGAAGAAUUUGUGCCAAAAAGUACAAAAGGGGAAAAAAGUAAUGUUCAACAUAAUACAGACUUGUGUCCCAAAGGAAGUCUAAGGACAGUAGACUCAGGCACUUCUGAAAUUGUGAAAUCUCCCACGAUCAAGUAUUCUGAGACAAGAAGAGAAAUGCAGUCAGUGGUUCCGCUAUCAGUGGCAAGACACAGUGAUGGUUAUGAAAACUCACUGGGUAAAAAAAUGUUUGAUAAAGAUGUUCUGGAGGAAGAUUUAGAAAGCACUAGUGAAAUAGGAAGUGAUGAAGAAUCUGAAGAUGGGAUUACAGGCAUUGGUAGAGCUUCAGAUGAUGAUGAUAACAGUGAUGAAAAUGAGGAGGAUGAGGAUGAAAGUGAUGAUAGUGAGGAUGAUGAUGAAAGUGACAGUGGCCCUGAUCUUGCAAGAGGUAAAGGAAAUAUAGAAACUAGUUCUGAAGAUGAAGAAGAUAUGGAAGAUUUAUUUCCAGAGGAAUCUGGUUUUGAGCAUGCUUGGAGAGAACUAGAUAAAGAUGCUCCUCGGAGUGAUGAGAUUACACGUCGAUUGGCAGUUUGCAACAUGGACUGGGAUAGAUUAAAGGCAAAAGAUUUGCUGGCUCUGUUCAAUUCAUUUAAACCUAAAGGAGGUGUUAUAUUUUCUGUAAAGAUAUAUUUUUCGGAGUUUGGAAAAGAGAGGAUGAAGGAAGAGCAAGUUCAAGGACCAGUCGAGUUAUUAAGUAUUCCUGAAGAUGCCCCUGAAAAGGACUGGACCUCUAGAGAAAAAUUGAGAGAUUAUCAAUUCAAACGACUAAAAUACUGUUAUGCAGUAGUAGAAUGCGAUUCUCCUGAAACAGCCGCUAAACUUUAUGAGGAUUGUGAUGGCCUGGAAUUUGAAAGUAGUUGUUCCUUUGUAGAUCUGAGGUUUAUACCAGAUGAUAUUACUUUUGAUGAUGAGCCCAAGGACGUAGCCUUAGAAGUGGAUUUAACAGCAUAUAAACCAAAAUAUUUCACAUCUGCUGCAAUGGGAACAUCAACGGUGGAGAUCACUUGGGAUGAGACUGAUCAUGACAGAAUUACAACACUCAACAGGAAGUUUAAAAAGGAAGAGCUUUUGGACAUGGAUUUUCAAGCCUAUUUAGCUUCCUCUAGUGAAGAUGAAGAGGAAAUAGAAGAUGGGCUACAAGGUGAUGCUGAAGUCAAUGUAGAAGAAGAUGGGAAAACAAAAAAACAUCAGAAAGAUGAUGAAGAACAAAUUGCUAAAUAUAGGCAACUCUUGCAAGUUAUUCAAGAAAAAGAAAAGAAAAGAAAAGAAAAUGAUAUGGAAAUGGAAAUUAAGUGGGUUCCAGGUCUUAAAGAAAGUGCAGAAGAGAUGGUCAAAAACAAAUUGGAAGGAAAGGAUAAACUGACUCCUUGGGAACAAUUUUUAGAGAAGAAGAAAGAGAAAAAAAGACUGAAAAAGAAACAGAAGGCUCUUGCUGAAGAGUCCAGUGAAGAUGAACUUCCCUCUGAUGUUGAUAUGAAUGACCCAUACUUUGCUGAAGAAGUUAAAAAAAUUGAAAAGAAGAAAUCAGUGAAAUCUGCAACAGAUGGCCCAUCUCCAGAGGAGGAGGCUGAAAUAGAGAAACAAAAGGCUGAAAUGGCUUUGCUCAUGAUGGAUGAGGAGGAAGAGAACAAGAAACACUUCAAUUACAACAAGAUUGUGGAGCACCAGAAUCUAAGCAAAAAGAAGAAAAAACAGCUUAUAAAAAAGAAGGAGUUAUUAGAGGAUGACUUUGAGGUAAAUGUUAAGGAUGCACGGUUUCAGGCAAUGUAUACUUCCCACUUGUUCAAUUUGGACCCUUCGGAUCCUAACUUCAAGAAAACAAAAGCUAUGGACAAAAUUCUUGAGGAGAAAGCCCGUCAAAGAGAACAAAAAGAACAAGAACUAACUCAGGCAAUAAAGAAAAAAGAGAGUGAAAUUCAAAAGGAAUCACAAAAGAGGUCCAUUGAUCCUGCCUUGUCAAUGUUGAUUAAAUCGGUAAAAAACAAAACAGAGCAGUUUCAAGCAAGAAAAAAACAAAAAGUCAAAUAGCUGUAUGUUGUUUCUUUUUAGAUUAGAAAUGUGAUCUCUCUAAAGUUUACAAAAGUGGUAGAAAGAAUAUUUAUUGGGAACAAAGCUACCUUUCAAGAAUAUGAAUAAAGUCUUACUCUGACUAUUGAAAAA